AUGACCAUGCUAGGAAAACAAAAUUGCUUCAAACUACGUUCAACAUAAUAAUAAUAUAUAUAUAUAUAACGCGUGUAUGCCACUGCUCUCAUGUCGCGUGGAUUACGUUAUGUAAUUUGCCUUCGUUACGAGUCCAUAAACUUUGGAAGUUCUUUCCGAUUCCUCUUACAAUUUAGAAAAGCUAGAACCGACUUUUCUUUUACCUUCAUCCUCAAAUUUCACUAAAACCACUAUUUUGCCAUUGAUUUCACCCCUAUAUAUACCUCUCCCCCUUCCGUUCUUAAGUUUGCCGAAAUUUAUUCAGUGAAGAACUUCUGUUAAACAAUGGAAUCGUCAUCGUCCAAAAACAAAUUGCACCAUAAUUAUCAACGAUCCGUUUCACCAUCGGGUCGGUUCUGUUCUUCCACUAUUUCUUCCUCCACCUUCUCUGCUCAAACCUCCGAUUGGUUAACCCGAUCCACCUCCCCAACCCGAGUUAAUCUCCGUCGAUCAGUUUCCCCUUCCCCGUCCGUACGAUUUUCCAGCUCUAAUAACCGUUCGAUUUCAGUUUUCCCUCGUAAGCCGCAGCAGAAUAGACAUCCAUUACCUUCUUCUUCCAAUCAGAAGAAGCACUGCACGUGUUCGCCGACAACACAUCCAGGUUCAUUCCGUUGUAGCCUUCACAGAAAAACUACUAAUCGGAGUGACGGUCAAUCGUAUCACUCGAGUCAUCCAUUGAAUAUGAGGAGAUCAGCGAUGACGAAUUCGCUGGUUCGAAUUGGAGCUGUGGAAGGUGAAUUGGUGAAGAGAGCACUUGCUGCUUUGAUUCGACCGUCUUCUCAUCAACUCAGGCGUAGAUGUGAUUUUCAGCCUAAGCCUAGUAGGCUCUCCGUCAUGUCAAAGGCCGAAGAUUAUAUUUGUGAUGUACAGUUACUGUAGUUGGGUUGAUUUGCCCCCUUUUUAUUCUUGUUCCAUUUCAGCCCUAAAAAAACAGAACCAUAAUUUUGUACGAUUUGAUUGAAUGUGAAUAGGAAACAAAUUUAGCAUAUAUGUAUCAAAAUUUAAGUGGCGUAAUUGUCAGGUGCCAUUAAUUUAGUGCUAUUUUUUUUUGGGUGCUUUUUAAAGUCGAGUUGGUUGAACUUUUUGAAUGGUAGAUGCAACUGUUCCUAACUCCACUGAUUCAAGUGUGUUUUGUUACAAUUAAUUAGUAAAUAUUUGUUUAGUUUUCUUGUUUAA